GAUGAAAAACAAAAAACAAGAACAUAUAUUUUUAUUUGACUUCCCUGUUUAUGCAGCCCGACCGACUUUCCAACCCCCUAUCAGAGCUCGUCCUCGUUGCCCUCAACGGAUCACAUUCCUCAUUACACGAAGAACAAAUACCUCGCCCGGUAUAACGCCCUUUUGUUUUCCCCCUGUCCUCUUCGCGAUAGUCAGCACUACACACACACACGCACCUCUGGAGAACAGUGAAACCUGUAACUUUUCAACUGUUUCUUUUCCUGUAAGCUUACUCUAGCGUUUUGAUUGCCACUCAUCAGUGCAACGCACAAUCGCUACUAUUGUUGGUAUUCCUCUUCUAUCUCCGUGUCUUCUUCUUCUCCAAACACCAAAAAGGAACUUCCUGUCUGCCCAUCAACCCGAUGCGGUCUCUUCGACUCGGGGCCGUGUACGGCGGCAACUCGCUGCUGCAGCGGCCUGUCAGCUCUGCUGUCUCGCCCUCCCCGGCUAUCAUUCCGGAGUGCCGUUUCGUAGCUUCUCCCGCGCCCUCCGCUCCCGGCGCCUUCACUCGCGCAAAACCCACGACAGUGGCCCUGGCCAUAACGUGGGGUCGGCGCUGGUACGCAACGGCAGCAGCAAAGCCUGCGUCUACCCCAGCAGCUGCCACUCCAGCGGCAACAACGUUUUCCCGCCUCUCCACGGCGGCGGAGGCGGCGGCGGAGCUUCAGCGUUGGGUGGGCUCCGUUUCUGACAUUGGCACCGCCACCACCACCUCUGAUGGUACCCCUCCGCUGGUUCUUUCAGGUAAGUCGCUCGUCCUGUGUGUGACUGCUCUGCAGCUGCGUGAGGCAGAGCACACGAUCCAGCUGAGAAGCAGUCGCACCAUCAACGGCAGUAGCAACAGCGAUGCGAAGAGUGGCAGCGGAGCCGCAGCACCGCCGUCGCUUGUCCAGCAGUACCUGACAGCGCUGGCGCGCCACGUGUACGUGCACUGCAACGCCGGCGGCAAACCACACGCGGCCUGGCAGAUUUUCGCAGACGUGGAGAAGAACGCUCUUUGCGCUGACGUCCUCUACACCGCAUUACACUUCCUGCAGCACCACGCCUUCGACGGUGCGCCGCAGCCGGCGAGUGCACGCCACAGCGAAGGCGAACAACAAACUCCCGCGGACUACGACGCCAAGUGCGCCGCGCGUGAUUUGGAAGUGACGUUUGAGGCGGUCGAGGUGCUGCUCGCGGGGUGGCAAAUCGCGGAGGUCCACCGCGUGGCCGCCGCCGCCGCGGCCGUCGGAUCGCCGUCGACGACCGCCGCAAUGGUCCCGGCGGCGGAGGCGGCAGCGUUUUACAUCGGCGCCGUCGUGCACCUCGCCCACGCCCCGCUAGGUUGCGGUGCGACUCCGCCGGCAGCAACCACCACCACCACAGGAACAGCCACAACUCGCCCCUCUCCCUUCCUCACCCUGCCACCGGCGAAGCAGCAGUACUGGCAGCAAGCCGCCCAGCAGCUCACCACGGUGCUGUACCUCGCGCUGCUCGUCACCAACACAAGCACGACGGACGCGCUGCUCGUCAAUCAGGCUUUUCGCGGUGCGGUGCGGGCGGCGUACGACGUCCCCACAACUCGCUUUGGUGUCGUGCGGUCGAUGCAUUAUAUGGUGACGGUCGCAGUCCCGUACGUGGCGCGCAGCAUGUCGACGAUCCUCGACGUCGUGCGUGCGCAGCAGACGGAGGCGGCGAGGGCGGCGGCAGCAGCUGUCAAGGCGACGCAGCAGCAGCGAACGUUGGCGGAUACGUCGAAGAGAGCGAUGCCCACGUUUGCGCAGAAGGGUAGGGGAGGCGAAGGACAGAGAGAGGCUGCAGCAGGUGGUGGGGGUACGGGGAGAUCGUCGGAUCGGAUGAACAAACUUACUUUAGUGAUUGUCUGCGUCGCUGCGGUGGUGUAUAUGGCGUCGUCGAACACAGAGCUGUUGUGGUGGUCCGCCGGCGACACAAGCCCGAGUGCGGACAAGGAAGAACAGCAGGCGAGUGAGCUCCACCAAACCUACCAGAAGCUCUCCGCCAUGGCUACCUCGGCCACAGCGCCGCAGAUCGUGCCGGGCGAGGAGCCGGAGUCGCUUGUGAAUGCCCUGCAGAGGAAGUGA